AUGGAGUACAUCACACCAAUUACUCAGAUGAUUGAUAACUUUACAUGGGAUAGCAACACCCCAUUAUCAUCAUGGGUAUUCCCAGCUUCAACCUCUGUUACCUAUUUGGUUGUUGUCUUUCUUCUUAAACAAUUUAUGAAGAAUAGAAAACCAAUGUCAUUAAAGGGAGUAUCAAUCAUUCACAAUUUCAAUUUAAUUUUAUUGUCAUUUGCAAUGAUGGCAGGUGUUUUAGAGGCAGCUUACAGACAAGCUUUGGAAGAGGGACCAUUCUCGUUGAUUUGCGAGCGUACCCCAUUUGCUGUCCAAGGACGUAUUGGAUUCUGGAUCUAUGUUUUCUACCUCUCCAAAUAUUAUGAGUUGUUUGACACUGUAUUGUUGGCACUCAAAAAGAAGCCAUUGAUCUUUUUGCACGUUUUCCAUCAUAUGGCCAUGGUUCCAAUCACCUGGCAAUGGCUCAAUGACCAAUGGUUGGUUGGUAGUUGGUGGUGCACCUUUGUUAACUCGUUCAUCCACACCAUCAUGUACUACUAUUACCUACAAACUUCACUUGGCAACGACUGCUGGUUCAAGAAAUACAUUACCACUGCUCAAAUCGUCCAAUUUUUGACUGGAACCGCCAUGGUCGGCUACUGGUUCACCAUCCGUAACAAGGAAAACUGUCAAGGUGGUCUUGCCCCUGCCAUCGUUUCCUUUACCGUCAACUCUGUCUUUAUUCUCCUCUUUAUCAAGUUUUACAUUAACUCUUACAAGAAAGGUCCUGCCGCUUCAAGACCAAAGAAAGAAUAA